AAUUGGAUUUAGCUGUUCAACUUUCUAUGGCUGGUAGUGAGAUGGGUGGUUUGGUGAAUAAGAUGGAUGAUGAUGGUCAUGAGAAUGUAGUAAUUGAGCAGCGUCCUAAGGAUUUGAGGGCUCAACAUAAAGAUAUAGCGAGGCAAAAUGCUUCGAGAUAUGCUUUUUUUGAUGCUCGGGAAGAAGAGAAUGAUGAGGAUGAUGAUGAUGAUGAAGAAGAAAUGGUAGCAGAAGAACCAGUUGGGAAUGUUGAAGAUUGGCCUGGACCAUUUUCAACUGCCAUGGAAAUUAUAAGGGACAGAGAGAAGAACUCGAAUCGUCAAGUACGUGAUUUGAGUUCUGUUAAAGAAGGGUUUCCAUUAGUAUCUUGGACUCCUAGGAAAGAAAGUUACCUUGAGUGCAGCAAGCGAGAGGCGCCUGCAUUGAUAAGUUUGUGCUUGAAUGUCCUGGCAGAGAAUGUUGAUGCAAUCACUUCUCUUGACAGUGUCCCAGAUGCAUUGAGGAACAAGCUUAGUCGAUUGUUUUGUGAUUCUAGGAAGAUGAAUCCGCAUUUUCUCAGUCUUCUUCUUGAUGGGUCUCCUUCAGAGAUACGCCUUAGUGAUUGUUCGUGGCUAGAAGAGCACGUGUUUGAGAAGUUGUUUGAAGCUUGUGACUUUAAAAUCAUGACGGUUUUACAACUUGAUCUGUGCGGACAUUGUGUAUCUGACUCUUCGUUGCGCAAGGCCUUAGUACCAAAAGGAUUGGAAGCACUGACAACUAUUUCGUUGAAAGGUGCUUGUCGUAUUUCAGAUGCUGGGCUUGCUGCACUUGUUUCAUCCGCCCCUGCCCUGAGAUCUAUGAAUCUCAGUCAAUGCUCUCUUUUGACCGAUGUUGGCAUUGAAAGUAUUGCUAAUUCACUGGGGUUGAUUUUGCAAGAAUUAUACCUUGAUGAUUGUGAGACUUUAGAUGCAAUGCGUAUCCUUCCUAAACUUAGGCAGCUGAAAGCAUUGGAAGUUUUGUCACUCAGGGGCGUAGUCAGUGUUUCUGACAAAUUUAUCAAAAACCUAUUUGAGGAAAAUGGUCAGAACAUGAAGGAGCUUGUUUUGGCCAACUGUGUAAAUUUGACUGAUUCUUCUUUAAAGGUCAUUGCCAAUACGUGUCCUCAGUUACGUGUCCUCGAUCCUAGCUAUCUGGGGAAGUUGUCUGAUAUUGGCAUGGCAUAUAUUACAAAUGGCUGUCGCAGUAUUCAAGAUUUGAAACUUUGUCGUUCUCCAUUCAGUGAUGAUGCUAUUGCUGCAUUCCUUGAAACCUCUAGAGAAUCUUUGAUAGAAUUAUCUCUUAAUAACAUAUCCAAGGUUGGUCAGAAUACCACCAUUUCUCUUGCUAGGCGUUGCAAAAAUCUCGAGAGCUUGGAUCUCUCCUGGUGCCGUCUCCUUACAAACGAGGCACUAGGAUUAAUUGCAGACAGCUGCUUGUCUCUCAGGUUGCUCAAACUUUUUGGUUGCACACAGGUUACGGAGGUUUUUGUGGACGGCCACUCAAACCAACAUUUACAUAUUGUUGGGUUGAAGCUGACUCCAAUUCUGGAACAUAUCAAGAGACCAGAUUUCCAACAAGGACCAUUGCAUUAUUCCACCUUCACCCCAUAUUGAUUCUUGAAUUUGGUGGCUCACAUUGCUUCAUUAUAGGGCAACAAUUCUCUAAUAUUUUUUUUUGUUUCAAUCUAACUUUGUUAAAUGUUCAACCCAUACUUAUGGCAAUUUUAAAACACCCUUGGCAAUUUUGUGACUUGUAUUUGCCAUUACAACAUUUUAUUUUUGUACAGAGAAGUCAAUAGCUAGACUAAUGGUAGAUUUUGUGAUCAGAAUACAGGGAUCACAUUUUAGCACAUGUUGCUAAUGUUUUUGUCAAUGUCUUUGACAGUAUAAUGUUACCUCAGUAAUAUAGCAAGCAAAUGCUUCCUUUCGUUCUU